UGCUGUCGAGUCUAGCGGCGCGCGCCUGUAGUCAAGCGUUAGUCUGCGCAAUGUCCCUGGUGCCUGCACUCUUCAUCCUCUUCGCCCUAGCUUCAACGGCGUCCGGGCAGUCUGCCAAAGUCAAGAUCAAGAUACCCAAUCUUCCUCUACCCUCCUACAUCGGGCAGGGCUGCAAGUACAAUGAUCCAAACCUUAACGAGUGUGUCGUGAGGAAAGGUGCGCCUGCCGUUAAGAAACUCACUAAUGGGGACCCCAAGUACCGCAUCCCUCGCUUAGACCCCCUGGUGAUAGAGACCUUGAGGGUGAACCAAGGGACUCGUCAGGUUGGACUAUCGCUCGAGUGUCGCAACUGUUCCAUGUAUGGGCUACAGAACAUCAACUUUGUCAGAGCAAAUGUGCAGCUCGACAAGAGCCACUGUGAGUGGUACUUCACUCUGGAUAAGCUGGAGAUUAGGGGCAAGUACAACGUGAGCGGACAGGUGCUGAUUCUACCCAUCACAGGCCAGGGGGACGCAAACAUCACUGCCACUGGAGUGAAGUUCUCGUACAAGUAUGACUGGAUACUGGAGCGCCGUGCCAACGGGCUGGAUUAUGUCAAGGUCACAACUCACUCCUUGCCCUUCACCGUGGACCGCCUAUACAUACAUUUGGACAACCUGUUCAACGGCGACAGACUCCUAGGAGACAACAUGAAUAUAUUUCUGAAUGAGAACUGGCAGGAAAUCAUGAAGGACCUGGGGCCAGCAUUUAGUGAUUCUCUGGGAGAGGUAUUCAAACAGACUCUGACUUCCAUGGCAGACCUCGUACCCUUCCAGACUCUCUUCCCCAAGGAUUGAUCUCAGUACAUGUGAUCAUCAUGGCUAAGCUGUCCUGUGAUCCUAGCAAUGUUUGCUUUCAGUGAACUUUGAAUUUAAAAGUGUUGAAGCUAAAGGUGCUAGCCCCAUGGUAUAUUAAUGGCAAUUACAAAUGACUCAUGAAACUGAAUUUAAAAUUCUACAUCAUCAAUAUGGGCCACUUUAAUGUUUGUUUUAAUGAAAUUAUGCAAUUUAAUUACAUAAUUAAUUACAGAUUUCUAUUUAUUCACUUUUAAUAUCAUAUUAAAGGUAGAAUAUUAUAUAACUAAACUGAACUGGUUUUUUUUUAACAUCAAGACUGAAUGUUGGUUCAAAAAUAUAAAUGAUGAAUAUCUGGGAGGUUACAACACUGCACUGCUGAUGUCACAACCCUGCUACUGCUGUCCACUCUGUAACCUUGGCUGCUGUAAUCUUGUCAAGGAAAACAAGCCAUUCAUAUUUCUUGUACAGUGUAAAUAGGACUAGAAUUAAACACGUUUUAUAAAACAAA